CAUCGGUACAACCCUUCUUCAAUUGGUUCCAUUUCAAACUCUCUCUCUCUCUCUCUCUCUCUCUCUCUUCCAAUUUGUGAUUUCUUUCAAGAAAAUGAGUAGGCCUGGAGAUUGGAACUGCCGGUCGUGCCACCACCUGAACUUCCAAAGGCGAGAGUCGUGCCAGAGAUGCGGAGAGCCACGCCCCAGCAGUUUAGGUGGAGGAAGGAGCAACUCGUCUUUCAGGUCCGGCACCGCCAUGGAUGUGAGGCUUGGUGAUUGGUAUUGCGGUGUUGGGGGCUGUGGAACGCACAAUUUUGCCAGCCGCUCGAGCUGCUUCAGGUGUGGCUCGGCAAAGGAUGAAACACCAACCGUUGGUGGGUAUGACGGCGACAUGACUCGGAUGCGAGGUUUCGGGUACAGCAGUGGCACUAGCGCGAACCGGUCGGGGUGGAAGCCUGGCGAUUGGAUAUGUGGAAGGUCGGGGUGCAAGGAGCACAACUUUGCAAGCAGGACAGAAUGUUUCAGGUGCAAUGCCCCAAGAGAAUCUGGUGGUGUGUCUUCCUCUUCUUCGUAACCUCAUUCGACUUAAUAAAGGUUACUUUCAAGAAAAUCUCUUGAGGACCAAUCGAGCCACGGCUAGUCUUUGGCCCUUCAACUCUAAAAUUGAUCGGUUUACCUAAGAUGUUUGGAGAAAUGUUUGAUGAUGACUGAAAUGAAAGGGGGACAAACAGUUGUUAGGGUUUUGGAGCUUGCUUAAGUUCUUGGUUAGAUUUUGUUUGUUGUGCCUUUGAAAGUGUCCGUUGUCGUAACCAGUUUAUUUUAUUGAACUCUCCCUUUUAGGCAUAAA